GAAGGGCGAGAAGGAGUCAGGUUGAAAGAGCGUGAGAAGCACAAAGAAUCCUUGUCAGCAGAAGGGAGAGAGGGAGCCAGGUUGAAAGAACUGCAAGAUACACAACCAGACCUGGUUGAUUAUGGUACGCUAGAAGAUCCAGGAGAAGUGAAAGAAAAGGACGUGCGAUCGUUAAAAGUUGGAUCUCUUCAGCAUCUGCUUCUCCAACUAAGUAAGGCGAAAGCAGCUAGACUGGAAAAGAACAGAGCAAGUGGAAGUGAGUCCUCAUCUCAAGAAGCGAAAAGACGCAGUAGGGCGCAGAUGCAGAAGGCACCAUCAAAAAGUUUACACACUAAUAUCACCGAAUCCUCUCAGGACAAAGGCUCAACAUUAUCAACGACGAAAGCAACUUCUGGCAAUGCUAAACCGAUGAAAGUGAUAUAUAAGUCUAGCUUUACUAGACCGGUCUUAUUGCAACUGGAGAAGACGAAAGACAUGAAAAAGAAAAAUGCCGUUGUUAAAAGUGAUUCGCCAGAAGCUUUUGCUCCAGCUAGAAAAACUGGCAAAAGGUCAUCGAAAAAGAAAGCAACCAAGAGGAAAAGGAAGUGA